GACUGUGGUGGGGACCAGGGGCAGAAUGACCAUUUGGAGGGCCCGGGGUCAAUAGUAGGCCCCGUGAGAUGCCCCUGGUACUUUUUCAUAGGCUUUUUUGAGUUUGGGCAAGGACACAGGGGCCCCAUGAUCCCCUAUUGCCUGGGGGCCCCAUGAGUUGUCAGUCCGCCCCUGGUGGGGACAUUUAAAGUGAACCUGUCACCAGGGGUGGACUGACCAUUUGGAAUUUCGGUCACCGCCCAAGGGCCGGGGUCAGUAGGGGGCCCCAUGAGAUGCCCCUGGUACCUUUUUCAUAGGCUUUUUUGAGUUUGGGCAAGGACACAGGGGCCCCAUGAUCCCCUAUUGCUCGGGGCCCCAU